AUGGCUUCGAACAACAGGGCUGUUUCACAAAAGAACAACAAUGGUCCCGUGGUGGCCAAACCAAAGAAGAAUUCCAAACGAAUCCAUCACGCAGGUGGCACUGCUACCAAUGAUCAGAAACGCGUAAAGUUCUCAGAUCAUCUGCAUGAAAAGGAAAACGAAGCCGUCGCUGCCAAUGCCAUUGUUGACCUUGCAACUGGCCCCCCUGACACUGCCAAACCUCCCGAUUGGUUUUGGCCAGCAAUGACGAGUCUCAUGGGACCCAUUCAAACCCAGCUCCAAACUAUGGUCAGGCAGCGAUAUAGGGCAGACACCAGGCUUACAGCUGUUGAAGCUCUACAUAAGAGCCAGGAGCUACGACUAUACCACAUUGAAAAUCGUCUCCAUAGAAUCGAAAAACAGCAAUUGGAAGUCAUUGCCCAGCUCAACAAGGUGGAGACUCAGGCAAGUGACAUGGCCGACCAAUUGACCCGAGUGGAAAAGUACCAGUAUAGCAUGAGCUAUCGAUUGAGCAAUUUGAUUGCUCGACAGCUUAAUGGAGGUAUUUCCAAACGGACCGAGCCGGUCUACGAAUGCUGGAACCACAACUGGGAAGUGGCCGAGUCUUUUCCUUCCACGCCAGAAGCUCUCUCGCAAAUGACGGAAUUGGAAAUGAGAAAUUUUCUUGAGCACUACGAUAUACUUCCGGUUCUACCCUCCAUGGAAGAGCAACGUCGCAUCAUCCAACGAUUCCUUGGCAUUCCCAAUUUGCGCAAGGAAGAAACUCCAUCGACUGUCGAUCUUGACAGCACAGAAGAAGUUCCUGCGGAAGAGACUCUCUCGACUUCCUAA